UGGUACAUUGCUUUAGGGUUUUUGUUAUCUGGCCGAGUCAUUGCAAUUGAAAUCCCGUGUCGGCAACAGACACGCGUUCAUCGGAUUCACAGACAAAACAAAAUCCAAUAGAUGGGUUCUAGAGACAAGGACCAAACAACGCCGUAUCAUCAACCGCUACUCAGUAGCCUAGUUGUACGUCCCUCCGUCAGCGACGGGGGCGGUGACGGUGGCGGUGGCCGCGGUGGUGGCAGCGAUUACGAGCCUGGUGAAGUUCGCCGUGACCCGCCUCCAACUUAUCGCUCCGAUCGCUACCCUGAUGAGCCUGGAUAUAGAACUCGUGCAGGUUCUGUUUCUCCUGUACGGCGUCGGGAUGCAGAUCAUCGAUAUGGCUCUAAUUUUGAUCAUUCUGGGGGUAUGCUGCGCAGCCGCGAAUUUGGCAGUGGAAAGGAUCAUGGUAGAUAUCGAGACCCUUCACCACCUUAUUCUCGAGGAAGGGGUGCUGGCAGACCUUUUGGCAGAGGUUUUGAUGGACCUGCACCUGGUCCUGGGCCUUUGAGAGGUGAAGGCAUGAAUCGAAAUAAUCCAAAUGUGCGACCACGGGAAGGAGACUGGAUUUGCCCUGAUCCUGCAUGCGGCAACCUGAACUUUGCCAGGCGAGAGUAUUGUAACAAUUGCAAGAGAUUCCGCUAUGCACCUGGUGGAAGUCCUAGAAGGGGUUAUCCUGGCCCUCCACCACCACCUCCACCUCCUCCUAGGCGAUUUCUUGCUCCACCUGUGGAUAUUUCCCCUGGCAAUGGCUAUAGGUCGCCUCCUCGUGGUUGGGGCAGGGAUGGCCAUGGUCCUAGAGAGUUUGGAGCUGGUGGACCACCACCUUCUCGGCAUGAAGGCAGGUUUUCUGAUCACAUGCGGAGGGAUCAACUUGAUUUCCCAGAUGAUGGUUACCGAGGGAGGAACAAGCCAAUGCUACCUAUGGAUUGGGGCCAUAGAGACCGUGGAAGGGACAACUUCAACGAAAGGAAAAGGUACGAUAGACGGGUACCCUCUCCCCCUCCAGUUGCACCAGUUCCUCCUCACCGUGGGCGAUGGGGACGAGAUGUGCGAGAGAGGAGCAGAUCUCCAAUUAGAGGUGCACCUCCACCAAAAGACUAUCGUAGAGAUAUGUACAUGGAACGAGGUCGAGAUGAUCAUCGAAGAGGCGGAGGGCGUGACCGAAUUGGAGAUGCAUAUUAGCAUGGAUGUGAAAAAAAAUUAGAGGCUAGAGGACAACUUAGGACUGAAGUGCUUUGUUUUUCAUUACAAGUUUCCAUGAUAAUAUUGCGAGGCUUUAACAAUUCAAUACGAUCAAAAUUUCUUUCCAUUAUUGGACAAAAUGUUGGCAGUUUUAGCAUAAGGAUAAAACCGCUUACACUGUAGAUGCUGCGGCUUCACUCAUUCCAGUUUUCAGUCUCAAUCAAAAUUGCAUGUUCCUUAUCA